GCAGCAAACGAACGAACGAAGCCUCAGUCUCGGUCGGGAUCUCUGAAGUAGCGGAAGCAAAAUCGCGAAACAGACGCCACGUCGCUCGGUCGCUCGGUCAGUUAGUCAGUCAGUCAGUCAGUAGUGCCACACUGUGGCAGUGCCUGUGUGUGCAGUUUUCCACCCACCGCGCAUCCCACUGCUGGCUGCCACGAACGAGCAGCCAGUUCCGUGGAAAACCCAGUUGCACCGAAUUGGACCAUUGAUUGAGUGGCGCACAGUGCAGAAAUAAAGGAAUUUCUUGUCGGGGACUCGGCGAGUCGGGUCGACUGGGUGUGGUGGGAAUUUUCCCACCCCCUCCCCAAAAGCGGUUGGUGUCGGUUCUUGGUUGGUUCGGGUAGUGUGCGAUCUCGAACCCUUUCCCAUCUGAUGGAAACAGGAGGAGGCUAGAGCGAUUGUGGUUCGUCGUUAGCCUAGCCUGGGCACGACCAACGGGAUUGUCCCCCGGCCGCCGCAGCCACCGCGCCGGAAGGAUGUGUGGUGUAGCGAGCGUGAAAGCCCGUCACCGUGUUCACCUUUUUUCCUCGUUGGGUGGAUGAUAAUGGAUAGUUGACUGGGAAAAAUAUAUAUCGGCGGAAGUUGGUUAUAUCUGGCACGGAAGAAGAGUAGUGGACAUCCCGCCACAAGAGCGGUGCAGUGACAAAAGCACGGUUGUGUUGGGAUAGAUUCCAGCAGUUGAAGGUGAAGAAAAUAGGAGUUCUGGAAGACGGGUUACACAGUGCAUUUUCUCGAUUCGGUUGGUGAAAUAUUAAGUGGAAAGAAUAUAUACUUGUAUCAAAAAAUGGUAUAGUUUUUAACCCUGCAGUAGUCGCGCUGUUGAAUUCUGAACACGCUGGGAAAAGUUCACUUGACGUCAACAGCACCAGCGUGGUGUUGCUGGUGCUUAAAUGGUAGCAGAUAGCUGCAACCAUUCCAAUGACGGAUCGAUUGUAUUAGCAACGAGAGUGCGGUUUUGUGCUACGAACCUCCCUCCUGGAGCAGAACCAACCACCCACACCGGGCUCAACUAGUGCGAACGUGGUUGCUGGCUCAGAAGGCGCAAAGUGUAAAACGUUGAAUCCGGUGGUGCUGGUGGUGAGGUCUCCCCAGCCAUGUGGGAACAGUCCCAACUUUGAAGCUUGUAAAACUAGAAUGAUCCUCGCUAUUUACUGCCUCCGGUAGUGCGCACAUAAAAAUAUCAUCAGCCCGGCUCUGGAUGGCUGGAGCAACCGAAGCAAAACGGAAGUGAAAAUCAAUACGGUUGGUGGAUGGUUAUGGUUAUACAACUCAAUCCGGAGGGAAAUAAGGCGAGUAACGAGUGAGUGCGCGUCCUGUGUGACCGAUGCGAUGGGAGGAGUGUGAGUGGAUGAUGAAAUCCUGCAAAUAGUAGUGAUAAUUAAACGCGCGCGGGAAAGUGUCAUCGCCAGACGCCCCGGCACAGUCAGCAGUGGCAGUUCGGUAGCGUGAGGAGAAAAGCCAUCUUCUUGGCGUGUAAUUUGAUCCUGUAAAUCUCGUUGAGAUUAAAAUAAUCACCGUCGUCGUCUUCGUCGUCGCAGUCGUAGUCAUCGUCCGUGUCGUCGUAAAAAUGUACGGAUUCGUGAACUACGCGUUGGAGUUGCUUGUGCUCAAACACUUUGGGAAUGACAUAUGGGAACAAAUCAAGAAGCAGGCUCAGGUCAACAUGGAAGGCCAAUUUCUGGUCCGACAGAUCUACGAAGAUGACAUCACGUACAAUCUGAUAGAGGCCGCGGUGGAUAUUCUGAAUAUCCCCGCCGGCGACAUCCUGGAAUUGUUCGGCAAAACCUUUUUCGAGUUCUGCCAAGACUCCGGGUACGAUAAGAUCCUGCAGGUGCUCGGUGCAACGCCUCGAGAUUUCCUCCAAAACCUGGACGCGUUACACGAUCACCUGGGAACGCUGUACCCGGGAAUGCGUGCGCCCUCGUUCCGGUGUACGGAAACGGACGGCCAGCUGGUGCUACACUACUACUCCGAACGGCCCGGACUGGAGCACAUAGUGAUAGGAAUUGUCAAAGCCGUCGCAUCGAAACUGCACGGCGUGGACGUCGAAAUCAAGAUCAUCCGCCGGAAAGGUGACCCCAUCGAAGUGCCCGCCUCCAAUCCGGAGGAGAAACUGAAGUCACCUCCGCCUCCGGUGGUAGUUCCGAAACCAGUUCCUAUCAUCACCUCGGCCGAUCCGGCCGUGCCCGAACUGGCCAACCUAGGUCUAUGUAAACGAAUACUAAUGUCUAAAACGUACGGUGAAUCUUGUAUAUCGAAUAGACUGAAUAAUUUAGCAACCUCCCGAAGCUCGACAAUGCUUGCACACCGCGCCGACCUACCUACGUCUUGCAAUGGCAAUAAACCUAGCUUAAGUAGUAGUCAAAACGGAAGCAAUAGUAGACUGUACUCCGAUGAUAGCCAAUCGACCACUAGCACUAACGGAACCAAUCAUUGUGAUAGCAAUCAACCCUCGGCGGCGACGGCGACAGCAACGACGGUAAAGUCCACGACCUCUGCGGGGAAGACCCCUCAGACGAACGUAGAACGUUCGGAUCACAUACAGUUUCUGAUCACGGAAAUCUCCGCACCGAAGACGCCCACCCGAAGGAGCGAAGACAAGGACCCCCAAACCGACUUCCAGCUGGUCGCAAAAGAACCAAUGAUCUCUCCGACGACCUUUUGUAAAGUAUUCCCCUUUCACCUGAUGUUCAACCGGGAUAUGAUCGUCGUACAAGCCGGCAAAUCCGUCUCCCGAGUAAUACCAAAAAUCUCCGAGCAAAACUGCCGUCUGCUGACGAUCUUCGAAGCCAUCCGGCCCCAUCUGGAACUCAGCUUUGGCAACAUCCUGGCGCACAUCAACACCAUCUAUGUGCUCAAGACCAAGGCGGGCGUAAUGUCGAUCAGCGAGAGAUACCUAAGACUGAAGGGUCAAAUGAUGUACAUCCCGGAAUCGGACCUUAUCCUGUUCCAGUGCUACCCCAGCGUCAUGAACCUGAACGAUCUUACCAAAAAAGGCCUUCACAUCUCGGACAUCCCGCUGCACGACGCAUCCCGCGAUCUGGUCCUCCUGUCCGAACAGUUCGAAGCCGAGUACAAACUGACCACGAACCUGGAAAUCCUGACCGAUCGGCUGCAGCAGACCUACCGGGAUCUGGAAAGUGAAAAGCAGAAAACCGAUCGUCUUCUCUACUCGGUCCUCCCCAAAACCGUAGCGAACGAGCUGCGGCAUCAACGGCCGGUGGCUCCCAAACGAUACGACAGCGUCACCCUGAUGUUCUCCGGUAUCGUGGGCUUUGGACAGUACUGUUCGGCCAACACCGACGCCGAGGGAGCGAUGAAGAUCGUCAAGAUGCUCAACGAGCUGUACACGGUGUUCGACGAGCUGACCGAUUCGAAGAGUAAUUCGAACAUCUACAAGGUGGAAACGGUUGGCGACAAGUACAUGGCCGUGUCGGGACUACCGGACGAGUGCGAGAACCACGCCAAGUGUAUAGCACGCCUCGCGCUGGACAUGAUGGACAUGGCCCGGAACGUCAAGAUGGGGUCGGAGUCGGUGCAAAUCACAAUCGGCAUCCACUCGGGUGAAGUGGUUACCGGAGUGAUCGGUAACCGGAUGCCCCGCUACUGCCUGUUUGGCAACACGGUCAACCUGACAAGUCGAACGGAAACGACCGGCGUCCACGGGAAGAUCAACAUCAGUGAAACGACAUACAAACUCCUAUGCGAACCAGUAAACCAGGACCCCUGCUUCCAUCUCGAGUACCGUGGACCCGUCGUCAUGAAAGGCAAACCGGAACCGAUGGAGUGCUGGUUCCUCACCCGUAAGACACCCAACAGCAGCAAUGGACAGCCACCUCCGGGAAAUCACACUCCCACCGGUGCCAAAAAGUAAAAUUAAAACCUUGAUCAAGUCUUCAACUUUCCUAGAAGUGUAGAUUCCUCGGCUCGAUACGUUCAAAUGAUAUUGGGAAACAAAACUGUAGAAAAGAUAAACCAACAAAGUAAACCAGUGAGAUUAAACUAUAACACUAUAUGAACAUGAAGAUUUUCGAAAAAAAAAAUGAUCCCAAGUUGUAGUGAGAACUAUUAACUCGAGUAGAAAAUUUCUAUCGACAAGUAGAGCGAACAAGUAGGUGAGCAAAGCCAAAGGAAAAGAGCAUACUAUUUAUUACUCUAGCUCUCGAAUAUAGCAAAAGCUAAAGAACCAGCAAAAUGAAGCCAAAUAUAAUGAAACCUGAAUGCUUUGCAACAAAUAAAACAAAAACUACAACCUAGAUGUAGCAAUUUUUCCCUUUGAAUAAUCCUAAAAAAAAUAAUCGUAGCAAAGCAGCGACAAUGUCAAACACUCUUGUAGAUUCUUCAAUCCUGAAAUUGAAAACCUGAUCAAAGCCAUUUCUAAAUGAAACACAAAACAAAAAACAUGUAGUUUGAAGAAACCAAUUGUUACCAAAUCUUUUCAUUGAUUAAUACUGUUGAGUGCAGUCGAAGUUGUAGUAACCCUGUUUCAUCGUUUUGAAGGGUCUGUUUUGUAAUGGAUUUUUUUUUAUUUGACUGAAUGCUUUUGUACUGUGAAAGUCAGAUUUUUUAUUGAACCUACAGAUAGUAACACAAUUCCUAAAAAAAAAAGAAAUACCAAAGGUGUUGUUUAGAUGAAUAAUUUUAUUGUAGAAAGAAACUAACAACUUCUGAUGAAUUGAUAUCUUUAAGCGUAAACUCGUAAAAAAAGAAGCGCGACGAAACCCGUAUUUACUAAAACACAACUGAAAGCUAUGACCAACAAAUAAAAUAAGUUCACAAAAACAACAAACAGUAACCUAAAUAAUAAUCAAAACAAAACAGAACAUUGAGUGGACACUAAGCCAAACAAGUGGAUUCAUGCGGAUCAACCCAGGAAGCUCGAAUACAUAUAAUGAUGUGAACUAAUCGGA